UUUAAUUGAAUAUAUCCAAAAUCAAACUCAUCCAUUCCGUAUGAUCGAUCCUAUUGUACAAAAUACUUUUAAAAAAUAACACAAUCUUUGUCAAAAAAAAAAACAAAUAACACAAUCCAAUAUUCGUGUAUAUCAUAAUCAAACCAAUUAAUAUAUAUAGCCAUCUUCUACUAGAUUAAAUUUCACAUAUUUUCCUAGUUAAAUUUCACAUAUUUUCUUAGGAGACACAAUGCCAGGUGCUAUCAUCAACAAUGGCUCUGGGAAAAAUUAUCCCGGAAAGCUCACUUUUAGAGUCUUCAUCACUUGUCUUACCGCUGCUUUUGGUGGUUUAAUUUUUGGUUAUGAUCUUGGUAUUUCAGGUGGAGUUACAUCUAUGGAUCCGUUUCUAAAGAAAUUCUUUCCAAAUGUCUACGAAAAGGAGGCUAAUAUAAAACCAUCCGACAACCAGUACUGCAAAUUCGAUAGCCAAACAUUAACAUUAUUCACCUCCUCGUUGUAUUUGGCCGCUCUUGUAGCGUCUCUUGCGGCGUCUAUUAUUACUCGAUUGUUUGGAAGGCGUCUGACUAUGAUUACCGGAGGUGUACUUUUUCUUGCCGGUGCUGCUUUGAAUGGCUUUGCUCAAGAAGUUUGGAUGCUCAUUGUUGGUCGUAUGUUACUUGGAUUCGGAAUUGGAUGUGCUAAUCAGAGUGUGCCAAUCUAUGUAUCCGAGGUUGCUCCCUACAAGUACAGAGGAGCUCUUAAUAAUAUGUUCCAAUUAGCAAUAACCAUAGGCAUAUUUGUGGCUAAUAUCCUCAAUUACUUUUUCGACAAACUGAAAAACGGAGAAGGAUGGCGCUAUAGUUUGGGUUUUGCUUCCGUCCCCGCGAUAAUGAUCAUCAUAGGUGCUAUCUUCCUCCCGGACUCGCCAAAUUCCUUGAUUGAACGCGGUCAAAACGACAAAGCCAAAGAAGAAUUGAUUAAAAUUCGCGGUACCACGGAUGUUGAUGAGGAGUUUCAAGAUUUGGUUUUGGCUAGUGAUAUUUCAAAAACAGUUAAACAUCCUUGGAUGUCUUUGUUGAAUAGAAAAUAUAGACCUCAACUUACAAUGGCAAUAGCUAUUCCGUUCUUCCAACAACUCACCGGCAUGAAUGUGAUUACAUUUUAUGCUCCGGUUUUGUUCAAAACUAUUGGUUUUAGUGGCACUGCUUCUCUCAUGUCAGCAUUGAUUACCGGAGGAUGUAACAUGCUGGCCACUUUCGUUUCAAUUGCUACCGUUGAUAAAUUUGGACGAAGAACUCUAUUUUUAGAAGGCGGUAUUCAGAUGUUUAUUUGUCAGAUUGUUGUAGCUAUAGCUAUUGCUCUUAAGUUUGGAGUUGACGGUGACCCAGGUAUAUUGCCAAAAUGGUAUGCCAUUAUUGUUGUGUUGUGCAUUUGUGUGUACGUAAUGGGAUUUGCGUGGUCUUGGGGUCCUCUCGGAUGGUUGGUGCCUAGUGAGAUAUUUCCGCUCGAAGUUCGUUCGGCUGCUCAGAGUAUUAAUGUCUCCGUUAACAUGAUAUGCACCUUUGUGAUUGCUCAAAUCUUUACAACAAUGCUUUGUCACAUGAAGUUUGGAUUGUUUAUCUUCUUUGCAUUUUUUGUUAUUGUGAUGAGCACAUUUAUUUACAAGUUUCUACCAGAGACCAAGGGAGUUCCAAUUGAAGAAAUGUCAACUGUGUGGGAGAAACAUCCUUAUUGGGGUAAAUUUGUGAAAGAUGAUGAUGCCAAGGAAGAAGUCUAG